AAACAUCUUAAGUAAGCUGCAACUCCUAGACUUGAGUUCGAACAAUUUUAAUGCACGAAUUCUUGAGUCAUUGGCUGCCUUUCCAUCAUUGAAGACAUUAGAUCUCUCAUUUAAUAAUUUGAAAGGAUUGUUUACCACUAAAGAGUUGGGUGAACUAAACAACCUUGAGGAAUUGUACUUGGAAUAUUCAUCAAUUGAUAAAAGCUUUCUUCAUAAAAUUGGAGUUAUGACUUCUCUUAAUAUAUUGGAAAUGAACGGCUGUGGACUGAUGGGCAGCUUACCUCCCCAAGGCUGGUGUGAACUUAGGAAGCUCCAAGAGAUAGACCUCAGCUACAAUAACUUUGAAGGGAUACUACCUUCAUGUAUGGCGAACUUGACAUCACUCCGUGUAUUGGAUCUCUCUUACAAUAAUUUUAAUGGGAACAUUGAUCAGUCCCCACUAUCAAGUUUGUCAUCACUUGAGUACCUUUCUUUCUCAAAUAACAACUUCUUGAUCCCAUCCACAUUGUCAUUCCUUUUCAACCUCUCAAACCUUAAGAUCUUAUUAAGUGAUAACAAUAUAUUGGCUUUAGAAUCUGACUCCCAUACUUGGAUUCCAAAGUUCCAAUUAAAGGUUUUCAGUUUGUCGAAUUGUUCAUUUAACAUUCUCAAUAGCACACUUCCCAAAUUUCUUCAUUACCAAUAUGAUUUGUGA